GCUUAGCCACAUCCAUGAAAAUAGUUUCACUUUUUGAACGCUGUAUUCAAACUGAAAUCUACUCUAGCCUACAGGACACUUGCAACUAAACCCAAAAAUGAGUCCAUUUAUUGUUGUUAUUGCUUCCCUGCUCAUGGCCGCAGUAUUGGCACUACCAAUUCCCGUGGACAAUUUCACGAGUUAUUUAAAGGAUUUUCAGCGCUUGGAGCAAGUGCAGACCCCCGAGGGAAACUCGCAGAAAAUCAAUGAACCGAAGCAUUCGCAAAUUUUUCACAUUAAUCCGCUCGAGAAUCCCCUGAUGAUCUACCUCAAGCGCAUGCAGCAAAGUAUUGAACAGAAAUUGCCACAGAAUGCCGCUAGUAAACCCAAGCAGAUGGACAUGUCACAGUCCGUCGUUAGCUAUGAAAGGAACAACACAACCCAGAAUGACCCCACUGUGGGCGGCAGUCGUGCCCCCAAAUUGAGUUACGUUCGACUGAUGCGUGUGCUGAUGGAACACAUUUGGAUCACUGCCGCAGAAGCAGCCGCCGCAAAGGGGAUUCCAACAUUGACCAACACAACACGAUAAUGUGAGGAGAGUUGCGAUGAGUUGUGGCUGGGAGGAUGUGUGGCAUGAGGAGGGAGGAUAUGGGCGAUGUUUCAUAUAUUGAAAAUACACUUUAUUCUAAUACA